AUGGGCACGGGCGUCGGCGUCGGCCUGGGCGCGGGUCUGCCUGCCUCGCCGCUGCCGGCCGCUUCGGCUGGCACGUCGUUGUUUUGGCGCGGCGGCGGCGGUGGUGGCGGUGGCGGUGGUGGUCUGGGGCAGCGGGAGGCGGAAGGGGCCGAGGGGGAAAAGGAAGGGGACGAGGAGGGAGAGGGAGAGGGCGAUUUCUUCGACGGGGCCGGCUCCGGCACCACCAGCCAGCGGCAUAGUUGGGACAGCGUUGCGACUGUGAAGGAGGAGACUGGCCGGGUUCGCUUCUAUGACCAGGAGUAUGCCGACGACGGCGGAGAUACGCAUGUUGGAGAGGGCUCCGACGGGUACAAGGACGUCCAGGACUACGGCAGCUUCCAAGGGCGCGAUGGUCCCCGCAGCAACGAGGGCUCCUGCGGAUAUGCGUCGUCCCCUGAACGUGUGACUUCACACAAGUAUGUCGAACCUCAGGGAUAUGAGGGGGCGAUGCAGGGCAGGCCUGAGGGCAAGGAUCACCUCGGAGAACAUUAUCGCGAGUAUGCCCCCGGCCAGUAUGGGGAUGAGAAGCUGGCUGGGAGCCGUACGAUCAGUCUGAGUAAGGGCGACGAUCUUGGGAAUGGUGGAAUUUACGACACGGAGAUACAAUCGCCCUCAAAACGGGACGGGCACCGGGGCCUGGAACGGAUCAUGGAGGAAACUCAAGAAACCGAAGCAGACACCCUCCCACCGGGCAGAGUCAUGCUUAUGGAGCGGCUGUGCGAUCUAGUGCAGAGGGUAUCCUCGGUGAGGGUUGGCGGCGGUUUGGAGGCGGAUGUUAUUGACGUCCUAAACGCCAAAGUCGACGAGAUGGAGGACCUCUUGGUGCUUGCAGAGGAGACGGCCGAAGCAGAAGCUACGGCGGAAGUGGAAGCGCAAGCUGAGCCUGGAGAUGGAGAGGAACCGGCGCAGCCCACAGCUGAGGAAGGGAGCGAAACAACGCCACAAGCCCAAUCAACAAGGCAAGAGGAAGAACCCGAAACAGAGGACGGAGGGGAAGCGAAGGAAGAACCGUCCAGGUCCGGAUCCGGGGAGGACGACAAGUCGGUCAGCGAGAUGUCGCCGGCCAUCCCCCCUGUGCCAACACUCCGGGUCGGGGACCAAGACAUCCGCGACCUCGCCAGUCCCCUCCCAUGGCUCACCUCCACCUUCAAAUACUCCGAACUGUCAAUAUCCCCGACCCAAUCGAAUCCCGAGCUCGCAGCGGCCACCAACGAGGCCCUUGAGGCAGCCAAGCAGGCCGCUCAAGCCCAAGCUGACAUGGCCGAGCGGGUGGCAUCCGAAGCCAACCGACUAAACCGCGAGCUAGCCGAAGUCGUCAAGAACCUGCAGGCCCGUAAGGAAGAGUCCGACCACCUCCACGCGCUCCUAAUCGACCGCGCCGAGGCAGCCGCCACACGGGUCCUCGAUCUCGAGCAAGAGAUCUGCGACCUGGAGGACGACAUCCUGUCGGGCGAGUCGGAGCUGCGGCACCUGCGGCUCAAGCUGCGGGCGGUCGAGACGCUGUGGCACGAGUGCGCGCGCCCGGCGGAAGACGCCGGCGACCCGGACCUCGUGCGCAGCAUCGAGAACUGGAAGGCCGACUGGGUCUGCGUGCGCGACCGCAUGCUCGACCGCAAGAAGGAUCGUCGGGCGCGGCGGGUGCGCCUGCACCGUGCCGGCUGCGUUAUCAAUUCUCUUGAGGAGCGCGAGCAGGAGACGACGACGUCCAGUCUAGGUGGGUUGUCGAUGUCGGUUUCGAUGCUGGGGUUGGGUGGGGGUGGUGGUGCUAGUGGUGGUGGUGGUGGUGGGAGGAGUCCGAGGAAGAGGGCCUGA